CGACUAAUCGAAUGAUGUGGAAGAAUGGAUCAGGUUCCGCCGCUCGCCGUCUGGAUCCGUUCGUUUCCUACGCCCGCCUCUCCGCUCUCUCUCGGUGCCUCCGUCUUCCGCUCGAUCCUUCCUCAGCGCCACCCCCUGAGCCGCCUCCGCUUUGCCUUCGACUGCGCCGCUGGCUCCUCCCGUCCGGCGAGCCUCCGAUGGAGCUGGAGCAAGAGACAGCGUGGCGGCCCGUGGCGGCGCGCCUUUCCGAUGAGGGCGAGUCGCAGGGAGUCGCCUUACGAGGUCCUCGGCGUAUCCCCUUCGUCCAGCCCGCGUGAGAUCAAGAGGGCUUACCGGAGGCUCGCCCUCAAGUACCAUCCUGAUGUCAACAAGGAGGCAAAUGCUCAGAAGAAAUUCAUGAGAAUCAAACAUGCAUACAAUACCUUGAUGAAUUCAGAAUCACAGUCCAAGUAUGGGAACCAAAGUGGUGAUUUCUCAAGAACAGCUGAAAAGAGAAGAAGUGACCCUGAUGAAGAAUUCUAUGGUUUUGGAGAAUUUUUCAAAGAUGUUCAAAUAUCACUAGAGCAAUUCUUUCAAGAUCUACAAGCUGAAUUUCGUAACUGGGAAGCAGGAAUAAACUCGCAAGAGGCACCUAAAAGUUUAUGGGAAGAGUUAUCUGCCAUUGGUGAGGAAUUUGUCGAGUUUUUGGAGAAGGAGCUUAACAUUAGUGAUUUGGAUACUGAAAAAGAUAGCUCUUCAGAUGAGUAUCAGAAUGGGAAUCCAUCUCAAUCUUCUAGGAAUGAGAAGAGUAACAAGGAAGGCAGCAUUGAAGAUAGUAUUGAGGAAAUUGAGGAAACUCUUGCUCAGUUGAAAAAGGAGCUGGGGCUGUAGAUCCAUCGGAGAAUUACAUCAAGCUGUGUACUAAUAGAGAAAGAAAAGGAACUCCAUGUUCAGUCAUAUUGCAAAAAUCUGGACUUCCAGCCUUCAGUACCUUACAUCAUCAAAUGGGAAGAAGUGAGCUCACUGGCUGCUGUGGACCUGUGCUUCUCAUUUUGGGCUUUGCACAACCUGAACAGGAAGACACUGUUUUCACUGUCGGUUUGCAUCUAUCUCUACCUUAACAAUCUGAAUGCCAAAUCCAUCACUAGUUUGAGACUACACUUAUUUCUAUAUGCAUUGGAGAUAAGGUGGUCUGGUGUGCUGGCAAGAUGAUGCUGAUAAAAGUGAGGAGGUUCAGUAAGAUGCUUCUUUAUAUGACUGUAAAUGUCAACGAACAAAAGAAAGAUAACUUCCAAAGGGAAGAUCUCAGCCUCUCAGCUUAAACGGGUAUUAUCUGGCUUUUAACUAUUGAGAUACCCCAGGUGCUAUUGGCAAUUUUCUAGGACAAGUUAGUGUACAUUUGUAGAUACUUCUAUUUGCAAGUGAAUACUUCACAUUCACAUCCUCUCAGCUUCAACAGGUAUUAUCUGGCUUUUAACUAUUGAGAUACCCCAGGUGCUAUUGGCAAUUUUCUAGGACAAGUUAGUGUACAUUUGUAGAUACUUCUAUUUGCAAGUGAAUAGUU